UCCUCCGCAGCUGAUCCGCAGCUCGUCGCCGGGACACAGCGGUCGAGCAGCGGCCACAGGAGGAUGCAGAUGCCGGAGGAAUGAGCGACCACACGUCGACCCUGGUUCCUGUCACCGACAACCCGCCUUCACACGACGCCGGACCAUGAUUGAGAUCCUCGGAGCCACAGAGCCAAAUACCAAAUUGCCUUCUACUGUGGUGAGAUAACCAGCGUGCAGGAUGGAGACCCAGGAGGAGUGACACGUCUCUUCCCCAUCGCUAACACUCUGAGAAAAUGCACUGGAGCAGCAUGGAGGUGUUCGUGGUCCUGGUGUCCCUCAUGGCCUCUCACACCACCGGGGCCUUCUCUGUGGACUGGGAUGGAAACGGCACGGAGACCGGCAAUGGGACAGACGGCGCAUUUGUCCCAGUGGCGUUCACUCAAGUGAGCCAGAUCAUUGCCCGGGAGGGAAGCUGCGUGCUGAUUGAUUGCAACGUCACCGGAGAGCCGGUCCCCAGAGUUCUGUGGUUCAACUCCCACGGCGUCCAGCUGGACACGGAGAUGAGUGAUGGGAAGUGGUGGCUGUUGGACAACGGCGUCCUCAACAUCACCAACAUCGAGUUUUCAGACCGCGGGAAGUACACCUGCAUGGCGUCCAACGGGUACAGCAGCUCCAACUGCACGGUGACCCUGCGCGUGGUCAUCAUGAACGGGGACAUGGGCGUGUACUACAUGGUGGUGUGUCUGGUCACCUUCACCAUCAUCAUGAUCCUGAACGUCACGCGCCUCUGCAUGAUGAGCAGCCACCUGAAGAAGACGGAGAAGGCCAUCAACGAGUUCUUCCGCACCGAGGGCGCCGAGAAGCUGCAGAAGGCCUUCGAGAUCGCCAAGCGGAUCCCGAUCAUCACGUCCACCAAGACGCUGGAGCUGGCCAAGGUCACGCAGUUCAAGACCAUGGAGUUCGCCCGGUACAUCGAGGAGCUGGCCCGCAGCAUCCCGCUGCCCCCCCUCAUCAUGAACUGCCGCACCUUCAUGGAGGAGAUCCUGGAGGUGGUGGGCGUGGAGGAGAUGAGGCACACUUUUCUCAGACAGGGACCGGAGGGGCGACAGGGGGUCACGGGCAUAGUCGCCGCCAUAGGGGCGAGAGACGUCUUCACCCUCCUGCAGGAGAGGGAGAGGGAGAGAGAGAGAGGGGACCGCAGCGAGUCGCCCGCCGCCGACUCGGACAACUCGUCGGUCCAGGAGCAGCCGCAGCACAUCGCCAUCCAGGUGUCGGUCCACCCGCAGCUCGCCGCCGAAGGCUACUGCAGCAUUGAGGCCCCCCCACCACAGCCAGAGGCCACGCCCUCCUCCCCUCCCCCUUGCUCCGACACGCCGCCCGAUCCUCCUCUGGACCCCGAGGAGCCGCCCGAGGCCGAGGGCGAGCAGAGCGCUGAACAGGACGUGCCCGAACCGACGCCAGACGUGACCGCUCCCUGCCAGGUGUUUUAUGAGAGCCAUGUGUGACCCCGC